UAGAUGACUAUCUCUUUAUUAGAGUCACACAUCCUAUAUGAUCUAAUGAACAGUCAUAUAUUGAAAUUGAUUCAAAUCAUUAUAACAGAAUUAUAAGUUCUUGUUUAGUCAGUUGUGGUUUUUUGUUUGGUGUCAGAGGUUCCAUAAAUGUUUUGCUAUGGAGACGUCACAAAAAAUAGCUCUUUCAAAAUGCAACAGAAUAUUGAAGAAAAAUAUUACGAAUCUUGGCGAGGUACUGGAUUUUUUACUGCAGUAUGGUUGUCUGACUUGGGAUGAAAGGAACAGAAUUGGUAUGGAAAAAUCUUCAGAUGAACAAUGCCAACAUCUUCUAGAUGUUAUGAUUCGGAGAGGAAGGAAAUGUUAUGAAUAUUUUUUGGUGGCAUUAACUUCUUCGGGAAAUAAUCACAUUGCAGAGGAAAUAAAGAAUACGCACGAAAAAGGAGCUGAAGAAUGGAAAUUAGAAUCAAUGGAAGAAAAUAUUUCUGAGAAAAACGAAACCAUUAAUGAUUUGAUAAGUCGGGUCAACAAAUUAGAGGGCCAGCUUCUGCUGAAGUCGGAGAAGGUUGAAGAGGCACAUGUGGAAAGAAUAAAAACUCUAGAAGAUAUAAAGGAACUCAAAGAACACACAGGCAAGCGAGAUAGUGAUAUCAGAGCGCUAAUCACAAAAAAUGAAGAACUCGAGAGAAUAAUUCAAAAUCUGAAUGCUCAUAUUGAUUACCUUAAGAAGGAAAUACAAUUGAAAGACUUUGCGAUUGAGCGAAUGGAGAAUGAUAGGAGAAAAACUGACAGUGAGCACACAAAAGCCAUGCAAGAUCUGAGGGGGCAGCAGCAAGAAACUCAUGGGGUUUGCAAAGAACUUAUGGAUAGACUGACUAGCCAAUCAAAAGAUAUCAAAGCAUUAACCAAAGCUUUUCAGAAUGCCAACAACAAAGGCGAGAGUUAUAAAAUCAGUGGACCUAAACAUCAUCAACUGAGGAGAGAAAACACAAUGGGUUCAACUAAGAAAGAUCCACACUAUCUGAACGGACGAAUGUCAACAUAUGCUGUAAACACGCCAUCGUCGAAAAACAAAAAAUCAUUUGAGUAACUUGUAUAUAGACAAUUAUGAAUAUAAAUAAUCACAAUUUUCAAACAAACCUUCAAUUUGUAGGUACAUUUCAUGUGCUGUUUUACUCAAUAAUAAUCAAGAAAGAUUAACGGAAGUCUGUGCAACUUAACACAACAUGUGCUUUGGCUUGCCUUGUUGGUGAUUGUAUAUUAUUUCUGUUGACAUCUUACAUUUCGUCAAUUGAUUGUUAAAGAUUUUCAACAUAACUUUUAGUUAUCUGUCAUUGACACUUUCCUUUUCAUUAUUGUUGGUUUCCUGUUUAUUUUGUUUGA